GCAAGGAUAACGACGAGUCGGCAGAGGAGCCCAACUCCGGACAGAUUUGGAUACCAGGAAGAGUCAAUAGCAGAGCCAUCCGCAGUUGCCAUCAUCGUCACUCCAUCAGAGUCAUGCCCGACUGGGCAGGGAUGGCGAUCAAGGGGUGCUAAUUGAAUUGCGGGAAAUGUCAACCUCAGUCACGAGAACCGUCGCCGUCGCCGCUGCCGCUGCCGCCGCCGCUGUGGCCGUUUUGGGGUCCAGCAUGGAAAAUAACUCUGCCUACUCCUACGAUACAUCCGCCACGGACGUGCUCUAUCAGUGGAGUGCCAAUGCGGCGGCAGCCGCCAACGGCGGUGGUGCACGUAUCGCCCAUACCAUGCCGCCCUCAGUGGCGACCCUGCCCCCAGCGACGAAUCACGGGUCGAUGCAUCCCGCAGUCAGCAUGGCCAUCGGAAUCGGCAUCGGGCAGCGCCUCGCUCCCAAUGAGACGCAGUUCGGACUGCUCGACUACGGGCUGAGCAGCAUGAACGACAGCCUGGACUAUGCCUCCUACCAGCAGCAGAUGGGCGAGGACGGGCAGUGCCGGCAGCUGGACGCCAACGUGAGCUACUGGAACCUCACCUGUGACUCGCCCCUGGACUACGCCCUGCCGCUGUACGGCUACUGUAUGCCCUUCCUGCUGAUAAUCACCAUCAUAUCGAACACCCUGAUCGUCCUCGUUCUCAGCAAGAAGAGCAUGGCCACGCCGACAAACUUUGUGCUGAUGGGCAUGGCCAUAUGCGAUAUGCUGACGGUUAUAUUCCCCGCACCAGGACUCUGGUAUAUGUACACAUUUGGCAAUCAUUAUAAGCCUCUGCAUCCGGUCUCCAUGUGUCUGGCCUACAGCAUUUUCAACGAGAUUAUGCCAGCCAUGUGCCACACCAUCUCCGUGUGGCUAACUCUGGCCCUGGCCGUGCAAAGGUACAUUUACGUGUGCCACGCCCCAAUGGCACGGACAUGGUGCACCAUGCCGCGGGUGAAGCGCUGCACUGUGUACAUUGCGCUGCUGGCGUUCCUGCACCAGCUGCCCCGCUUCUUCGACCGCACCUUCCUGCCGCUGCAGAUCGAGUGGAACGGGAACGAGACGGAGGUGUGCCACCUGGAGACGUCGUUGUGGGUGCACGAGUACAUCGGCAUGGAUCUGUACUACACGAGCUACUACCUGUUCCGGGUGCUGUUCGUCCACCUGCUGCCGUGCAUCAUUCUGGUGACGCUGAACAUCCUGCUGUUCGCGGCGAUGCGGCAGGCCCAGGAGCGCCGGAAGCUGCUGUUCCGCGAGAACCGCAAGAAGGAGUGCAAGAAGCUGCGCGAGUCCAACUGCACCACCCUGAUGCUGAUCGUGGUGGUGACCGUCUUCCUCAUCGCCGAGAUACCCAUCGCUGUCGUGACGGCCAUGCACAUCGUGAGCUCGCUGAUCAUCGAGUUCCUGGACUACGGCAUCGCCAACAUCUUCAUAAUGCUGACCAACUUCUUCCUGGUGGUCAGCUACCCGAUCAACUUUGGCAUCUACUGCGGCAUGUCGCGCCAGUUCCGCGAGACCUUCAAGGAGAUAUUCCUCGGCCGGCUCAUCGCCAAGAAGGACAGCUCCUCGAAGUACUCGAUCGUCAAUGGCCCACGCACCUGCACCAACACCAACGAGACGGUCCUCUAGUAAUUAGUGAUGUUGGUGCCGCGGCGUGGCAGCAGCGACCAGCAUCGCACCACCACCGCCGUCCGCACCGCCCAUGCCACAGACCGCCACAGCACCCAAUGUGGCGCGGGCGGUACGGCUCUGCCGCAGCACCAACAUCUGCUCCAGCACUACCAGCAGCGACGCGUGAGCAACAUGGACAUCAUAACCGAGGAGCGUAAUGUCUAAACAGAUACCAGAACCAUAAUGCAACCACAAUAUACAGACAUAGAUACGCGCUCGUGUGUGAGUGGUUUCCAAUCCAAUUCAAAAGCAGUUCAAUGAGCAACCCUCCACGUGGGUCUCAGUCCAGACUCUCAGCAAAAACUCUCUUAAAUGCCAAUCGAAAGCAGAGCACAAAACGAGCAGAAUCGAUGGGAUCUUCGAUGGUUGAUUCAAAGGCAAAGCCAAUACCAAAUACCCAAUACCAAAUACAUAUAUACAAAGCAUAUGCAAAUAAUCGAUAAUGUUGAAUGUCUGUUAAAACUCCAGUUACAGUUACCGUACCCCCCCACCCCAUAAAUAUACACAGCAGUCCCCGUAGAGUCUCUCGACUUCAGAGCAUUUGAUUUUCGUGUGUUGUUGAUGUUAAUGUUGAUGUCAAACUCUGUCGUAAUCUGCAUUGAUGUUCAGGCUAAGGCAAUACAUAGAUGCAUAUGCAUGCAUAUUUGUAUCGUUCUAUACACGCACUUCAAGCGUUAACCACAACCCAAGGUCUAGGUUUAAGGAGGGAGCACUGGCGGGAGUAGGAUAGGAGUCGACUUGAGUGGUGAUAGCUGCCCUGAGCAGGCGAGAGAGCUGAGGCGGUAACGUAAUAUUAAUGCAAUAAACUUAAGAUCAAAUAAUUAGGCUACGAUCAGAAUUAUCUACAGGAAACCCAGCCCAAUCGCCCAAUCGCCCCCUCCCCUCCCCAGAACAUAAGAGCAUAAAUAAUCAUUAACAAAAACAAAGAAGUAAUUUAAGUGUCUACUGAAUAUUGAAACAAGGCUUAAGUGAACCUUUAUUUUGGCGCAACUUUUUGUGCAGUAUUUUUGUAAUCCGGAUCAUUCUUAGGCUAAUCAUGGACACAGGGAGUGGCACUCGCUUAAAUCUGUAAACCUUUGAGCCCCAGAGUUUACCGAUUUAAACGAUCCAGCAACACAACACACGAACACGACUUUUAGCUCGCAUCAGUCAUGACAUAACGAAUUUCCAAUUGGUCUACUCGUACAUAAGUUAUUUUUUUGCUAGUGCUAGGAAACAGAAUAAGCAGAAUAAGCAGAGUAAGCCAUAACGAUUCAAUGUUGAUAUGUGUACAAGUGUUUUACAAUUAAAGUUCAACUCAAAUGAAUACUAAUAAUUACAAAUUAAACAAUUACAAUUACAAUUGCAGUUUCCAGUUUAAAUGUUUUAGAUGUACGAAAGAGUAGGUUUGAUUCUGAUUAAGUAAUCAGAAAAUCAGCAAAGCAAAAACAAAAAACAAAA